AGGAAGUCCUUCCCACUAUUAAGUCUGGAUACUAUAUUUGGGUCGUGCAUCUUCUUUCUUUACAACCACCUCGAAUUCAAAUAUUCGAUAUUCAUGGCUUAUGAAGGAAUAACUUUUCGUGGUUCCAGAAGUGGGCAAAUCCACGAGUCACGCUUUCUGAGACAAAAUUUGAAGCCUGAUGAGGUCGCCAUCAAGGUAACUCAUAGCGGGAUAUGCGGGACAGAUCUGCAUUUUAUACAUGCAGACAUGGUUCUCGGGCAUGAAGGCAUUGGAAUUGUGCAAGAAAUAGGCGAAAAUUGUAAAGCACUAAGAAUCGGUGACCGAGUAGGUUGGGGAUAUACCUACUGGAGCUGUGGGCGAUGUAGUGCAUGUCUUACCGGCCACGAAAGUUACUGUCCCACCGCUGGUAAGUAUGGCGCACACCAUUUAGACCAAGGGUCUUUCGGAAACUUGGCCAUCAAAUCGGAACAGUGGGUUUUCAGAAUUCCGGAUGGGAUAGAAUCAAAAUACGCUGCUCCGCUCCUUUGUGCAGGAGCCACGGUUUUCUCUCCGAUGAUUGAAUUCCUCAAGCCUACUGACCGUGUGGGCAUCAUAGGAGUAGGAGGAUUAGGCCACCUCGCUAUCCAAUUUGCAGCAAAGAUGGGCUGUGAUGUCAUUGCUCUUUCAAGUACAGAACUUAAACGUGAAGACGCGAUCAAUCUGGGAGCUCGGGAAUUUUAUGCCACGGACGGUGUUGCGGAUUACUCUACUCUGAAUGUCACAAAGCCUUUGGACAGUCUGAUCGUUGCUACAGGUUCAGAAAACCUCGAUCUAGCCAAUUACUACAAGCUGUUGAAGCCGGUGGCGACUGUGAUUCCGUUGACGAUUUCGUUCGAACCCAUGCUAGUUCCCACCAUUCCUACCAUAGCAAAUGGGAUAAAAAUUGUUGGGACAACGCCUUCCGGGAUAUUGGCUAUGAUACAAACUCUCGAAUUUGCGGAACGCAACAAUAUCCGACCUAUCAUUCAAGAAUUCCCCAUGACUGAAGUUGGAAUUAUGGAGGCAAUGGAGAAAUUGAGGAGUGGAGAAAUUCGCUACCGAGCAGUUCUUUCCUGGCAGCUUUCAGACGAGUCAGCAUAAUGCAACGGCAACAUGUAGUACACAAAUCAAGACAGGACUGAGGACAUUCAUGAUCUUCACUUGAUGGUCACGGUCGGUGAAAGUUGCGCGAGAUGGUGUGAUUUUGAUUCAAGCUAUCUUGAUCGUUUGUUACUAUUCAAAGAACUAUAUGUAUACCUGAAGCUCGGGCGAAGAGCAUGUUCAUGUUCAUUAAGGUUUU